UAUACUGUGCACUGCCAAAAGAAUGAACAAAUCUCUCUUGGAAGAAGUACAGCCAGAAUGCUCCUUGUAAGCAAGGAUGGUGAGACUAUGUCUCACAUACUUUGGACAUGUUGUCAGGAGGGAUCAGUCCCUGGAGGAGAACAUCUUACUUGGUAAAGUAAAGGGUCAGUGAAAAAGAGGAAACCCUCGAUGAGAUGGAUUGACACAGUGGCUGCAACAAUGGGCUUAAGCAUAACAACAAUGUGAGGAUGGUGCAGGACUGGGCAGUGUUUCGUUCUGCUGUAUAUAGGGUCGCUAUGAAUCAGAACUGACUCAAUGGCACCUAACAACAACAACAACAUCUGCAAAGACUCUGUUUCCAAAUAAGAUCACAUCCUGAGAUUUGGGUGGACAUGAAAGUUUUGGGUACACUAUUCAACCCAGUACACUGAACAAUGAUCAAAUCAAGCCACGUUCAUCCUAAUUUACUAUCAAUGAGACUUUAUUGAUUUUUUUUGGUAAUUUUAGCAGGUGACCUUGGCUUAAUGGCAGAGAAUGGCACUGUGGUGACGGAAUUUGUUCUGGUGGGAUUCCAGCUGCAGGCAGAGUUGCAGAUGGGCCUCUUCUUUGUGUUUCUGAUUCUUUACCUCCUUACAUUGGUGGGUAACCUGGGCAUGAUCCUUCUCAUUCAGAGUGAUCCUCACCUCCAGACUCCCAUGUACUUCUUCCUCAGCCACCUUUCUUUCUUGGACAUUUGCUAUUCCUCUGUAAUUAUCCCUCAGUUGCUUGAGACCUUACGAACUGAUAAGACAGUCAUCACCUACAAGUGCUGUGCCACCCAGUUCUUCUUUUUCACACUUUAUGCUAGCACUGAAUGCUUCCUUUUGGCUGUGAUGGCCUAUGAUCGCUGUGUGGCUGUGUGUAACCCUCUCCUCUAUGCCACCGCCAUGACACCACAGACCUGCCUGGGGCUGGUGGUUGGGGCAUAUGCUGGUGCAAUGGUCAAUUCUAUAGUCCGCACUGGGUGUACUUUCUCCCUAUCCUUCUGUAAGUCCAAUAAUGUGGACUUCUUCUUUUGUGACCUGCCGCCCCUGCUGAAGCUUGCCUGUGGUGAGACCAAGCCAUGGGAGCUAGUGAUUUACCUCUUAGCUUUUUCGGUCAUCACAACCAGCAUUUCAGCGAUUCUCAUCUCCUACCUGUUCAUCAUUAGGGCUAUUUUGAGGAUUCGUACAGCAGGUGGCAAAGUCAAGACCUUCUCCACCUGUGCUUCUCAUAUGACUGCAGUGGCUCUUUUCUUUGGGACUCUCAUAUUCAUGUACCUGAAAGGUAACAUGGGCAAAUCUCUCUGGAAGGACAGAAUCGUUUCCGUGUUUUAUACUGUGGUUAUCCCUAUGCUGAACCCAAUGGUCUAUGGCCUCAGAAACAAGGAAGUGAAGAAGGCUCUGAAGAAAGCUCUCAACACGAUGAAAGUGUCCCAAGUAGAAUAAGACCCGAGCACCAUCAACUCAGAAGUUCCUGCAAAUCAUUCUCUGUGCUUUUCGCUGCUCUACUUAACACAUGAACCAGACCUUAC